GGCGAGGAGGGGGAAAGAGGAGGUGGCUGCCCGUUUGUGACCAAAAGCAGUCCUCCCCUCUUCCGUUCCUCUCCGCCGCUCCGCCGUUUUCUCGCUUUUCCUUUCCUGAUCGAGGCCGACUCGGCAGGUGACGCUGAGGAGAAAACGAAGCUCAGGCGGCACAGGAAGGGAGAGAGCUGGGCGGCGCUAGGACCUGCGCCGGCUGCUGAGGCUUCUCUCCGGCUUCCCCUGCGGGCGGCAUCUCGGGGAAGGCGAGCGCUGCGGGGCUCGGCGCGGCUAGUGACCGUGGCUGUGGCUGGCUGGCAGGCAGGCAGGCGAGCGAGCGUCUAGGCGAGAGGCAACCGAAGGGAUGGAUUGAUUGGUAAAGAUGGAAAGAGGCAGAGGAGGAGGAGGAGGAAGGAAUGUGGGGGGCUCUGGCCUACACAGGAGCAUUUACUCCCAGUCCCAGCACCAGUAUCAUUAUCCUGCCUCCUCUUCUCAGGCGGCCUGCAUGGAAAUCCAGGAGCUGGCCUCCAAAAGAGUGGACAUCCAAAAAAAGAGGUUUUAUCUGGAUGUGAAGCAGAGUUCCAGAGGCCGCUUCCUGAAGAUAGCAGAGGUCUGGAUAGGAAGAGGCAGGCAGGACAAUAUCAGGAAAAGCAAACUGACUCUCUCCUUGUCAGUAGCUUCUGAGCUAAAGGAUUGUUUGGGAGAUUUCAUAGAGCAUUAUGCCCAUUUGGGCCUAAAAGGAAGCCAGAGUCAUCGGAAUGAACAUCCUAACGGUAAAGAACAAGAUUCAAGAAGGCGGCAACAUCAUCCACCAUCACCUCCAGUAUCUGUUGGAUCUGAAGAGCAUCUUCAUAGUGUGCUGAAAACAGAAUAUAUUGAAAGAGACAAUCGGAAGUAUUACCUUGACCUGAAGGAGAACCAGCGUGGGCGUUUCUUAAGGAUAAGGCAGACCUUGAUUAGAGGACCUGGCAUGAUAGGAUAUUUUGGCCACAGUUUAGGACAGGAACAAACUAUUGUCCUUCCAGCACAGGGGAUGAUUGAGUUCAGGGAUGCUUUGGUUCAGCUCAUUGAAGAGUAUGGUGAAGGAGAUAUAGAAGAAAGGAGGAGUGGAGGAGAUGAGCCUCCUGAACUCCCAGAAGGGACUUCCUUCAGGGUGGACAACAAGAGGUUCUACUUUGAUGUGGGGUCCAACAGGUAUGGUAUUUUUUUGAAGGUAAGUGAAGUGAGGCCUCCAUAUCGUAACACCAUCACUGUCCCAUACAAAGCAUGGACAAGAUUUGGGGAAAAUUUUAUCAAAUAUGAAGAAGAAAUGAGGAGAAUUUACAACGGCCAUAAAGAGAAAAGAAUGGAUAUCAGAGGGGACAGUGGUGAAGAACAAGAGGGGCUUGACUAGGAUGUAUUUCACCAGGCCAAGAAGGAAACCAUGUUGGAUACUGUUAUGUAGUAGCUGGAAGAAGUUGCCUUUUGUUUUGUAAGUUCUUCCCUGUUGUCCGAUAACUUGAUUAUGUAUGAAACUACAAGGGUCUGUUUUUCGUGUUAAAUUAUACCCAGCAACAUCUCUGUGGUUUAUUAUGGGAAAAAUUAAUGGCCCUAAGAUCCUGAUAUUUAACUUUACAGGACUAUGAAAUUAUGUAUAAUAGCACCAAAUUUGUAAUGACCUCUUCACAAAUAUGUAUAAUUUUGUGUUGCAGUGUAAUACGAUACAAGGAAGCCAGAUGGAAUUAAUAUCUUCUAAUAUUAACUGUAGAGCAUUUAUGACCAAAACUGACCUUUAAAUUUUAAAUGCUUGUACUGGAAAAGGUAUCAUUAAAUAAGUUAAUAUUCUGGUUACUUCACAGUAAAAGUUCUUGAGGGAGUGGGGAUCAAAACUCUGUAUUAUAUUGGCCAGUAAUUAAUUUCAUGAUCAUUCAGUUUUUAUGAUGACCCAGUAAUUUAAGUGUCCAAAUGAUGAAAAUCUAUGUUUGACUUAAUAGGUUGUUUCAAAUUAAUGUUGUUCAUGCAUCAUCCAUUUGUAUGGAUUGCUUACAUUAUGUGAAAAGAGUUUAUUUCAAUAGUGUUACAAAAUUUCAAAAGCUAUUUUUAUAUUUGUGGGUUUAUGGGGGUCUAGCAAGUUGCUGUGAUGUGGGAAUUUAAAUAGUUGAUUUACACUUGAGAAUGAAAAUCUAAAUACGGAGGUUAAACGUCUGAUGUGGGAAAGUAUUAGAGUAAGUUUUGUUUUGUUUUUUCUUUAUACUUUGAGAAAAUGCUUUGAGAGAUUUUGGUGCAUUACUUAAUUGGUAUCAUGUUUGGUUUCAUAUUGGUGCAGUUGAAGAGUUCAGUAACAGUUUAUCAGCACUUGCUUUACAACAUUUGCUUCUUUAACACCUAAUUAUUGUAAGCCUCAAUCUAUGCUAUUUUUUGUUUGUUAAAAGAUAAACUUAUGAUCUUCCAGCCAAAUCUGUUAAAAUACAUGUAGAGAUAAGAGUUUCAAUCAAAGGGAACAUUUAGUGGAUGUUUAAUUAUCCAGAAUAUUGGUUGGAGAAUGUUCAGAUUAUUUUCUGUAGGAGGCUUGUCAUGAACCAAGAAUUAUAAUAUGAAGUUUAUUUAUCUGACAAAAUUUACUAAUUCCUUUAAGGCUGCAAUCCUGUGUCCAUCUAACUUGGGAAUAAGACCUACUGAAUAUAAUGGAACUAAUUUCUGAGUAGAUAAGCCUUGGUUUUCAUGUACAAUUAAUCCAAUUUUAAAUUUGGACCAAAAGUUUGCUUUUAAACACCAAAGCAUGUGCUCUAGACCUUGAUACUGUGUAAUUGUUUGUUCUUUUAACAUACGACUGUAUUUUAUAAUUCUUUUCCAUCAAAGAAAUUGAGUAUAUCUCAGCAUUUUAGAUCCAUAUACUGUACACAUGUUUCAUAUCAAUAUGAUCUGUUACCCAAGAAAAAAUUUUCUAGCUUUAAAUUUUUUUCUGCUUGACACUUCAUCUCAAAACCAUCUUAAAUAUGUACUGUGAUCUCGUUUCACCAGAAUUCUCUGUGAAAGCGGAGAGCAUAGUUUGAUAUUUAUUUUGGUGUCAAAAUAUUUUUAUUUCAGAAGAAGGAGGGAAAAAAGAACUUGCACCAAAAUCACCAAAGGAACUUUAGAAAUGUGUGUUACAGUUGUGACAGAGAGAAAGAGAAGUAUGGACUUUAAUUUCACUGUUUUAGGUGAUUUGCCCAAUAUAUGAGAAUUGUACCUAUUGAGCAUUUGGUCUAGUUUCUGAAUAAGAGCUAACAUAUAAUGUUUAACAGAACGAAGAUUUCUAAUUCGAUGAUUUUAAUUAUGAGUGGCCCACUGGCCUACAGUAUGUUAUUGGAAGAUUACACAUUAAUCUUGAUAUAAAAGAGGACACAAAGGGUAUUUCUGAGUGAGGGGAACUUAGAUAUUUGAAUUAAAGUGUUCUAUGGACAGUUGUUAGCAGAAUUGUAAUGAAUUGUUUAAGCCUAAGUCACCAUAUUGCUGAUCUGCUGUUGCAUAUCCCAGUGCCUGUAGUAAUGGCAAUGUUAUCGGAUUCCACGAUAUAUGGGAUCCAUGAAUGUAGGAACUCCUGAUGCUCACAUUUUCCCAACUCUUGUUAAUGGCAGUUUUUCUUACCCCUUCAAGUUUCUUUUACAAAUGAUGCUUUAGGCAAACAUUAUGCUGUUGCUAGAACUUUACCCUAUUUUGUUUUUUUUUUAAAUCAAUGAAAUACCAUGCAUAAUUCCUAUGAAUGUUUAAUGGAUAAAGGCAUAUUGAUUGUCUGAAUAACAUCUUAAAAAUGCUUUACCUUUACAGUUUUUUUUUUAAAAAAAUGAAUAGUUGUAAAGUGACACCAACAAUUCUUCAGUCAGAACACAUAGUAGUUCAUACACUGGCAUGUGCAGUUUUGCACAAGUACUAUCUAUAUUUUCUUUCCUUGUUGAGCAAAACAUCCAGUACUCAGCUGUGAAUAUUGCAUGUUUCCUAUGAUCCUCUCAUUUCUGUAUCCUUGUGUCAGUAAACAAGGCUAAAUUUUCCUCUAUAUACAGGCACAGGUUGCCCCAUGUUCUUCAAAACAACUACGUGUGCAUCCUCAUGUGAGCAUCAGAGACUGACUACACAUGAGCCUUAAGGUGGUUGCCACCUGCUGUAUAAGGUGGAUACAGUACACUGUUUUUGGCUUAUCCUUUAGAAGUGACUGUUCUCAUUCAUAUCUUCAAAUCCAAGGGGUAUAUAGUCAGAUUUACAAAGUUAAGAAUUUUGAUGGUAAUUGGGGAAAGAGUUUCUCUUUACAUCUGGCAGUACACCUACAUCUUUGGAAACUGGCAAUAACAUGUUGAGUAUUUGCAGAACGGCCUGUUAAAAUGUAAAGAAAUAUGCUUCGCACCCCAAAAAUACCGUGUCCCUUAAACUUGAGGAAAAACACAAGCUUAUUUGCACUAAAAAGCAUGGCCAAAAACAAUUCUAAGAGGGCAGGGGUGGAUAAAUCAGUUGUACCUCUUGAAUGAUUCUUUCUCAUGAGAGAAUUUUGUGUAAAAGCCCUAACCUCUCUUUAAAACUAUAUGGUCCAGACAGAAAGUCUGUCAGUUUUGUGAUUUCAUAAUAAUGCACUUUAUAUUUUAUAAAUAAUAGAAGCACAUUUCUCCUACUGGUCUGGUACAGUGUGUUUCAGUAUAACUUAUACUCUAAAUUAGUAUAAAAAUUGCCUUCUGCAUGCAUGUCUCUAUGUGAUCUAUUACAAGGAUGACGUCAAAUUAUACAGGCAUGAUGGAGAACAACAGGCACAAAUUGAGAUUAAUUCUAAAAUAUCAGAGGCCUGUUUUUUCAGAAAUUGAUUUUUGACAAAAUCAGUAUUUCUGAAACUCAAAUACUUCAACAGAUAUUUAGAUAUUACUGCAGCUUGUGCAGAUGUGGGUUAAAUAACAGUCCUAGCUGUAGUUUUGUAAUAUAUAAUCCUCUCCACCUCUAAAUUGUUGCUUUAGGGGGCUAGACUUUGUGGCUUUCACUGGGUUAUGGGCCAUAUGUUCUGACUAUAUCUCAUAAAAUGUAGAUUUUCUUUUUCUUUCUUUUUUCUAAUGUACAAACAUGGAAAGUCAAUAUGGUAGAUUACUGACAAAAGAAAGUUCCAUAGUACAGUUAAAAUUACUAGGACAUAUCUUAAAUAGUUCAUCAUAUCAACAAAGGAAGAUCUGAAAUGUAUUUGUGUAUUACUUGUUUUACUUGUUUAAUAUAUUUUUUAAAACUGGCUUUCUGCAAAUAUAUAUAUAUUUGCAGAAUAUAUAUAUAUAUAAAGUCAUACUUCAGAAGAGUACGAAGCAAGGACAUCUGUUUUCUCAGAGCCUGCCAAUUUUAGACAAUAGAGCUUAAGAUGAAGAUACUAUUCUUAUUAGCAACAAAUUAAAAGUAAAUACAAGCUUGAACUAACCUAAUUUCAUUUUCCUUCUUCCUGGGGGGAAGGAGAAAAUUUCUAGCUUUGAGUGGUUUCACUGAACAGCAAUUAGCUAAUCAUUCCCAAUGCAUUUUACAUAGCAUAUUUUCUGUUAGGUAUAUUUGUGACUCAGAUGUUGCAAAGGCCAUGUUCUUAUGAUACAAGAAUCAUACACUUUGUGUUACUGCUCCCAGUUUAAUUAUAUAACCAAUUACAUCCUCCCAUCAAUGAUUACAUGUUUAUUUCAUUUCCAAGGAGAUGGCGUCUUUCAAUAAAAUUCCUAAAGUUGAGUCCAGAUGUCUGCAGGCAGACGGUUGAUAGUAACACUUGAAAUGUCUUUCUUCAGAUGCCUGCUAAGGGAAAAGUAGCACACAUAGUAUGCAAAUAUUACUAACAAUUAGCUUGAUCACAUUGUCCAGUCACUUAUCUUACAAAAAUCAGUGUUAAUAAAGAAGUAUACUUAUGCCACCCAGGUUUUACAGCAUAUUUCUCUUCCCCUACCUCUUUUGCUUUUCCCUUAUUUUCUUUUUAAAUGAUCCAAGCAGUUGCAUUGUGCUUGCCCUCACCCUCUCUUCUGUUUAGUCUUUCUUUUUAGCUGAGCUUGUUAUUAGUCAAAUUGCUAAGGCUGGGAGGUAGGCAUAAAGAAAGAGACUUAUUGACUUUUGACUCAGAUUUUAAGCUUUUCUCCAUUACAGAGCUUUUAUCUCCCAGGACUUGGAAAUUGCCAAUUAGCACUUUGUUAGCAUGGCAGCUUCUGCUGUUGGAGUGCCAUGAAGAUAGAGCUUUCUGGCUCUGGCCUGCUGAACCCUUGCAAAUUGUCAUCUGGACAUCUACACUGAUUCACUUGGGGCACUCCAUUUGAUAAACCGUGAAUAUAUAGCUGAUCAAACUGUAUUUUGCCUGGAGUGUUGUUGCACCCUCAGUCAGAGCAGUUUAGAACUGUUUUCAUAUACUGUAGAAGAAAAAAAGUGUGAAGCAGUCCUAAGAUUUAAUAUAGUUGAUGUGAUAAAGUAAUGUUUGUUUUGAGAGGAAUAUCACUGUAUAUUGAAUGCAUCCAUAGUGUAUAUUGAAUAGUUUUUCAUAAAAUAUCAAUUUCUGAAUCACUCGGUUUAAAAUUAAGAUCUAUCGUUCUGUUCCUGCAGAACAAAAAUAUCAGAUAAAUUUGUAUUUCACUAAGUGAUUUAAUCUCUUAGUCACCUUGUAUUUUCCAGAUUAUAUGUUUUAAAUAUGACUAGAUUUUAGUACAAAACUCAAAGGGGCAGGCCUCUCAGUGUAGCAGAAAGAAACAUCAGGAAAAAGUGCAAAAGCUUCUUAAAAUAUAAAAUAUGAAUUGUGAGAGCAGGAGGACAAAAUAUCCAAUGCCCUAACUUUUUAUGUUAUAUCUAAACUGCAGGUUUCAAAAUAGUACUGAUAGUUAUGUGAAAAACACAUGGUUCCCCAAAAUAGACAGAAAAAAUUAGGCUUUUCAUAAUUUAUUCAAAAUGUUCAUGUAGUAUUUUAGUGGAAUGGGCAUUGGUAGGUGGUUUUGACAUUAUAUCCUAAGAAAGAUAUAUUGAUGAAAUUGUCUGUACUCUUCAGUUUUCUCACUGAAAGAGUUUUAAGAGUUCCACAGUUCAUAAGAAACCAGCAUUGUUUAUUAUUGUUUACUACCAUGCUGGUUCAAACUGAUACAGGUGCAAUAUGCACAUUUUAAAAUGUAGCACUUUAUUUUCUUGCUUUGUCUGAAAUUUCAUUUUUUUUAAAGCCAUUAAAUUCAAAAUCCCAUAUGCACUACAGUGCUAUUGAACUGGAUGGUGGCAUUUUUGUUUGGUUAAAAUAUGUUAAAAAGUUAAGGCCAGUUCUUGGAGGUAAGCUGCUUCAAUGACAUGCCACAGCUAUAUAUUUGUGCUUUCUUGACAAGCAAAAGCACCCUCUGUUGCCAUCAUGAUAUGAUUUUGUAUAUUAUUAUAAAGGUGCAAUAAUAUAGUAUACCCUUCUUUAUCAGAUACAGUAUCUUUUUCCUUGUAUAAAUAGGUGUAGUUCAGCUAUAAUUAUUUUUGUCCUAUCUGAUUAAAAUAACCUGUGCCCACACUUUUUCUGCAUCCUUUUUUGUUCAAAUUAGCAACAAGAUUCUAGUUUGGGGCAAAAGUCUUUGGACUCAAGCACACCAGAUGUUGUCAGUUUGGCUAAAACUAGUGUUAUAAAAACCAUGAAAUUAUUAAUUAAGCUGAGCACACAAAGAAGUAAGAAAAGGAAGCUCACAAAUACAAGGCUUGUUCUAAAACAUCUAAACUGUGAUUCAGAUUCUAAACUUUAGAAGAUUAGGAAUAUUACAACAAAAUUAUUUCUGACUGUUACAAUCAGCCACAAACUGUUCAUACUAAUGUAAAAGGGAUGCAGAUUUUAUUGUUAAAUAACUUUGACAUUCCUGGAGAUAGAUUAUACAUUAGAUUCCAGACAUUAAACAUGUCAGUCACAGACAGUGGCACCUAAAUGACAGAAAUAUUGUAAGAAGAAUCUAGUAGUGAGGCAGCACCUUUAUUUGGACAAACCAAAAUGCCACAAAUGUCCAAGGUGAGAGAAAUAUUUUAAUUAACUUCUGAAUUUAAUCAUUAUCCAAUUCUGUACCUGUCUUCAAUAUGAACGAGAGUCAGUGAGGUGCUAGUGUCAGACUAAGAUUCAAGAGAUCUGGAUUUGAAUCUCCAUUUGACCAUAGAAAUUCAUUGUCAGUGGCAAUGGUGUACCAUUUUUGAACAUCUCACAUUCUUUGAAGACCUUAUUAUGGUCUCAGUAACUCAGAAGUGACUUGAUGCCGAACAGUAAAAAAAAAAAAA